AUGCCUUUCUACUUUGAACACUACAACAGUUUCAGACAUCUGUACUCAAUCCAAAGUUUUUCAAACACAUCAUUACAUUCUUCCUCGAACAUCGCAAAUCACAUUACACCAGGUGAUAUGGACGAAGAGACAGCGAAAGCACUGCACGACAUCCAGGAUCGUAUCACCAAAGUCAUCCGCGAUAAUCGGCAGAAAGCGAGAUUCAGUAACCAUGACGAGUUGACACAUCAACUCUCAAACUCCAUCAUGAUGUACCAGUCUGCGAACACUACCAUCGAACAAUUGGAAGCGGAGAACGAGCAGUUGAAGAGGCUGCUCACAUCGCACAAGGAAGAUACUCGGAAAUCGAACCUCAAGGACGAUGACGAAAUGGAGAUGACCGAGCAGUUAAUCAUGGAUCUCGAUCGUGGACUCGAAACCUCCGUCUAUGAGUUUCAGACAGCAAAUGCAACCAUUAUAAGACUAGAACAGAAGGUCGAGCAGCUUGAGAAAGAAGUCAAGCUUCAAGAAGAGAUUAUCGAGACGUCUCAGAAGGCAAAUCUGGAGAACGACAAUGAAUUGGAACACAAAGCCAAAGAUCUCGAGCAUCGACUCUCGUCUUCAAUCAAAAGGUGUCAGGCAGCCAAUUUGACCAUCAAGCAACUCAAGGAAGAAAGGCAAUGUGAGCCGCGCUCCAAGCCUCAAGAGAACGCCGAAAGCAUCCGAUACGUACUUGACCGUCGAGUCCUUCAGGCCGAAGAAGACAUUCUGCGAUCGGAAGAGAAUGAUGGGUGA